CAUUGUUUUCUGCCUAAACUUCAAAGGAACUCUAGGCAGAGCCGUACGGUUCCACACUGUAUAGACCUGCCGCUGGCUUCAGGUGCACAAAAUUAGGAGAGAACCCCCGGUAAAGCUCCAAUGAAAACUGGGCGGAAUUUUACCAUCGUACAAACGGAAAGAGCCAGAGGGAAAAAAGAAAGAAAAAAAUUGUAAACACAACCGCAAUUGUAUAGAAAGAAGAGAAAAAAAUCUAAAGGUUGCAUCAACUGCUUUGUUGUUCUCUCUUCAUCUGUGUUUGAUCUAGUUGUUAUUUGCGUUGCUAACGGAGAGAGGAGAAAUAAUGACCACGGAUAAGUCCCCCAUUAAGAGAGUACCAGAUGAGCAAGAGCUGAAGAGGCUUUUCGAGCUCAUCGACUUGAACCAUACAGGGAAAGUGGAUGCGACGACCUUACACAAGGCAUUCCACGAGACAAACCAUCCAUUGAAGAACUCCAAGUCUGCGAUCGACAAUCUGUUUCACUCGUUAGACUCCAACGGUGACGAUGUGAUAGAUUUCCAGGAAUUUAAAGAUUACAUGCGUAAAGCGGAUGCUCAAAUACAUGCAGGCUUUGUCAAGAUUGACAAAGAUCAAGAUGGUAAGAUUGUGAAAUCGGAGUUGAAGAGGUACCUGAAGCAGAUCAAGGACAAAGACGUCGAGGACUUUUCGGAAUUCUCACGGCACAUCAGUUCCAAGUCUUCUUCAGACUACAUUACGUAUGACCAAUGGCGUGAAUUCUUACUGUUUGUACCAAGAAUGAACGGAUCAAGGCUACGCACCGCUUAUGAAUUUCUCAAUAAUAACGAGGCCGAUUUGAACUCUGAAGGUGAUGUCACGGUGGUGAAUGAAUUCUUAAAAGGUAUCGGGUUCUUCUUAGCUGGUGGACUCUCGGGUGUCGUGUCGAGAACGUGUACGGCGCCGUUUGAUCGUAUUAAGGUCUUCCUCAUUGCAAGAACGGAUCUUUCCUCGACACUAUUACAUGACAAGUCCGAAUUGGCUAAACAGCACAACAAUGUACCACUAAAGAAGAUUAGAUCUCCUUUGGUUAAAGCUGCCACUACACUAUAUAGACAGGGUGGGCUGAAGGCAUUUUACGUGGGUAAUGGAUUGAACGUUAUGAAAGUGUUCCCUGAAUCUGCAAUGAAGUUCGGAUCGUUUGAAUUGGCAAAGAGAGUCAUGGCAAACUUGGAAAAUGUGGAGGAUGUGUCCCAGCUAUCAAAAGUAUCAACAUAUAUUGCUGGUGGUCUUGGUGGUGUCGUUUCUCAAUUCACCGUUUAUCCAAUCGAUACUCUGAAAUAUCGUGUCCAGUGCGCUCCACUGGAUACCAAAAUCAAGGGGAAUAAGCUUCUGAUUGAAACCGCACGUCAGAUGUACAACGAAGGUGGUAUGAAACUGUUCUAUAGAGGUGUUUUGGUUGGUGUUGCCGGUAUUUUCCCUUAUGCUGCUUUGGAUUUGGGUACGUUCAGUGCCCUCAAAAAGUGGUACAUUCACAAGGAAGCAAAGAGACUCAAAUGUUCAGAAGAUAGCGUCAUCAUGAGUAAUUUGGUGGUGUUACCUAUGGGUGCAUUUUCAGGUACCGUUGGUGCCACGGUGGUUUAUCCGAUAAACUUGUUAAGAACCAGACUUCAAGCACAGGGUACAUUUGCCCACCCUUAUAAGUACGAUGGAUUUAGAGACGUUCUACAACAAACAAUCAAAAGGGAAGGUCUACCAGGUCUGUUUAAAGGUUUAGUACCUAAUUUGGCAAAAGUGUGUCCUGCUGUGUCCAUAAGUUAUCUCAUGUACGAAAAUUUGAAGAGAGCAAUGAACUUGGAAUGAUUCACACCAUAGCAUGCUGAAGCAUGUAUGCAUUAUAUUUGUCUGUGUUGUUUUUAUGUUAUAUCUGUUUUCAUUAUGUUAUUUACUUGCUUGUUUGAUUUCAAUUGAGGAAUAAAACACUAUUGGGCCACAUUCGACUAUGGGCAAUGGUCUCAACGAACUCAUACUUUUAAUAUUUCCAUUAUCGU